AUGUUCAUCCAGAAGGUGGCGGUAGCGAGCCUGUAAGCAGGUUUACCGAUCGCCAUUAAAACACAAAGAAGACAACUGCUGUUGUCGGGAAGCAAAUCUCGCACAAAACCGCGUGAACUCCAAAUCCCGUUCCUCUUUCAACUCUCCUCCAAGAUGCCAACCAAGGCGACCAAGACCAGGAAGCUCCGAGGACACGUCAGCCACGGACAUGGUCGUAUCGGCAAGCACAGGAAGCAUCCUGGAGGUCGUGGUAAUGCUGGUGGUAUGCAUCACCACAGAAUCAACUUUGACAAAUACCAUCCGGGCUACUUCGGUAAAGUGGGUAUGAGACAUUACCAUUUGAAGAGAAACACAACCCACUGCCCCACCAUCAACCUGGACAAGCUGUGGACGCUGGUGAGCGAGCAGACCAGACUCAACUAUGGCAAGAAGCCUGAGGGUCCCGCCCCCAUCAUUGAUGCUGUGCGCGCUGGCUACUACAAAAUUCUUGGAAAAGGCAAGCUGCCCAAACAGCCUGUGAUCGUCAAGGCCAAGUUCUUCAGCAGAAGGGCCGAAGAGAAGAUCAAGGCAGUGGGAGGAGCAUGCGUGCUGAUGGCAUAAAACUCCCGUCAGUGUGUUUUUUGCAAAAAUAAACUGUAUAAAUGGGAA